AUGGUUGUGAGGCCGGAGGUCAUGGCAAUAGACUCCUCCUCUAGCUCAGAGGGUGAGGAGAUGGCACAGCGAGGGGAACUUGACCUCUGCUUGAUGUUCCAGGAAGGGAGAUCUAGCUCGGGUCCCCUUGUAAAGAAACUUUGGCCCACAUCAAAGAGGACGCCUCCCCCGGCUGCAACUGUUUCCAAAUCCCCGGCCAAGAGGAAAGGCAUGGGCUCAGGAGCUCCAUUCGCCGCAGCCCAGGAGAAGAGGGGUCCGACUGCACCUCCUCUUCGAUUUACCUCAGCCUCUGCUUGGGACCAGGCAGUCUUGGCUCAACAUCGUAGCAUAGCUCGGGCCAGGGCCAGGAAUGAUGAACUUAAGGCCGAGCUCCAGACUGCUCAGGCCACCCUGACUGCAGCUCAGGCUACCCUCGUCGCUGCUCAACAAGGCGAACAAAGUGCCAAGGCUGCCUUGACGGCGGCCCAAGCAGGUGAGCAGGAGGCAAAGGCUGCCUUAGCCGCGGCUCAAGAGGGUGAGCAAGCGACAAAGGCUACCGAGGCUGCCCUUUAG